ACUAUCUUUGGGCGUAGAAGAAGAGAUGCUCGUCCAAUCAAAGCCUCGAUUCAAAUCGACCCGGAACUCACCCGCGUUUGUUUCAAAACAACACAAACAAGGAUGUCCUGUUACAGCAGUGUGACCCGUGUUGAGGCAUCAUCUGCGGGCAAGGCACCUCGAGAACCGCUGCAUCUGAUCCCCUGUGAGAUUGAACACAAUGGACCUGCACAGAUUUCACAGUACUUCAAUGCUGCCAUGAAGGACCGCAAACAUGGUACAGAAAAUAGAAGAGAUUUGUGUGAUUACUGUAUGUAUUUCUUUUGUAUGUCACUCGACCUUGCAUGCAUGUUUCCCAUCACAGAGAAGACUAUUUCAUUCCGGGGUCGUGGCCUCAAAGGGCAGGAGCUUAUCUGUCCACAAGGCUACACUGGUCUGGUGCUGAAGGAGCUCAACAAGCCCAGCUCGGAUCAGGAGGACAGGAUUUUGAAGGUGUCCUGUGUGUUUGACAAGCUGACCUACUGGAACCUUGAGAACCCUCCUAACUCGGACGAUGCGGUAGUGAUGGCAAUGGACUGGCCUGAGCUUGCUGAAGCGAUUCAUGGAGCAGUAGAAGACUAGGGACAAUCCUGCAACCAGGAGGUUUGCCCAGACUGUACCUGUGCAUGUUUGGAAUCAAAUAUGUUUGCUGGUGACGGGCCAUAGUCCACAAAAAGUGAGUUAAUGGUUGUAACAGAGAAAAAAGUAAAUGUAUUGUUUUUUUUUAUUUUCUAAAUAAUUUAGUAUUGAAAUAAAGAAAACUACUUCACUGGAA